AUGCACAUUCUAAAAUUGCCGUGGCUUUGCCACCAGGAGGAACACAGGAAGUUCGAGGUUUACUCUGUGAGCAUCAGUUCAGACGGAAAACGGCUUGCCACCGGUGGAUUGGAUGGAAAGAUCAAAAUAUGGUCUGUGGCUUCAAUUUUAAGGUAUACAAACUUCCAGCAAGGAGUUGAAUUGGCAGAAACUGCUGACCCGCGUUCUUCUCUCACGCGGCCGCUCUGCUCUAUGAGUCGUCAUACUGGUGCCGUAACUACGGUGCGAUUUUCGCCGAGUGGCCGAUUUCUUGCUUCUGGUUCGGAUGAUAAGAUAGUGCUGAUUUGGGAAAAAGAUGAAGAGGCAUCGCGUGCCAUGGGAGCUACUAUAGAGCACAGACUGAACGCGUCGUUUGGUGACCAGGCCGCAGAUCUGGAGCAUUGGACGGUGCGAAAGAGGCUGGUUGCUCACGACAAUGACAUCCAGGAUAUGGCGUGGGCCCCUGAUUCGAGCAUUCUAGUGACUGUUGGUUUGGAUAGAUCAAUCAUCGUGUGGAACGGUACCACCUUCGAGAAGAUCAAGCGGUUUGAUAUUCACCAAUCACAUGUUAAGGGAGUGGUGUUCGAUCCCGCAAACAAGUACUUUGCCACAGCGAGUGACGACAGAACAAUGCGUAUUUUUCGGUACCACCGGACCUCCCCUACAGAUCUCACUUUCUCGCUGGAACACGUAGUGGUGGAUCCAUUCAAGAAGUCGCCCCUAAGCACAUAUUUUCGUCGUUGUUCGUGGUCACCUGAUGGUCAGCAUAUUGCCGCCCCUAAUGCAGCCAACGGUCCUGUUACUUCUGUGGCCAUUGUUAACAGAGGCAACUGGGCUUCAGAUAUUAGUCUGAUUGGCCAUGAUGCCCCUUGCGAAGUGGUGGCGUUUUCACCACGACUGUUUGAAGUUGAAGACGCAAAGAAGGACGAUGACGUAGCCAGUGUUCUGGCAACUGCUGGACAGGAUAAGUCUCUCGUAAUCUGGAAGACUGAUAUGGCACGUCCGUUGCUCAUUGCGAGCGAGGUCUGCUACAAAGCUAUCACAGAUAUGGUGUGGACGCCAGACGGGUCUGGUCUAUUUUUGUCUUCCUUAGAUGGUACCAUUACCGCCAUUCAAUUUGAAGAGAAUGAACUUGGAAAGGUCAUCCCACUUGAGAGGAACGAUGCUCAGUUGCAUCGCUAUGGUGUCGAUAGGGAAAGUAUGGUGUUCCCAGAGAGUGUUGAGCAAUUGCUUCUCGAAGAGAAAGCAGAACUGCUGGAUCCAGAAAAGGGGUCCGAUCAUCUCAAAAGACUUAUGGGCCAGGAUUCUGCUGUCCUAGUAAGUCCUCGGCAUCCACGUCUCUCGCCCAAACCCGAUGCCUCUCCCAAAAAGCAGCAACCAGCAGUGAAUUUGACGCUAUCCUCGCAAAAAGUGACAAUAACUAAAGGAGGAAAGAAGAGGGUAGCGCCACUUCUUUUAUCGGCAUCCAGUGCAGCUCAGAAACCCAAGAUUGAGUUCAAGAAAACGACCAAGGCCAUGAACAGUUUGCUAUCACAGCCUUCGUAUCGUCUCCCUCGUUUCGGUCUUCAAACAGCUGUGAGCGCUCUUCGAGAUGAGCUUGUGAUUGAGCCCGAGAACGUUGGCCAUGAUGAUAAUGCCAUAGACACAAUCGAACAAAUAAGCCAGACCAAAAUACAGCCGGCCAAGGGUCAGGUCUCGUCGAAGAAACGCAAAGAAGUGGAGUACCCACAAUAUCUCAGGAAUGCCACGCUUUGCCCUACAACAGUCUUUGCGGACCACAAGAACCAGCCAUCAAUUUUGCUCAAAGUUGCCGUCAACGGUACCAACUUGUUGGAAAUCCGCAACUCAGAAGAUGAUGAGAAUGAGUACACGCGUGUUUUGGGUCAUGACAGCGUUCGCGGUCGCACUUUUGAACUUUUUACUCCGAACAAGAUCAUUGCGUGUGUGGGUCACGCUGAUGAGUACUGGGUGCUCGCAAGUGAGACCGGCUCUAUCAUGGUGAUCUCGAGCAACGGUCGCCAGUUACUACCCACAAUCGAGGUGGGCAGUCCCGUGCCGAUACUCAAGUGUAACGGAUCGAAACUACUAGCGGUGACUUCCCUAGGUGAGAUUUUCACCUGGGAUCUUGUCAAGCAACAGGCGAUAGCGCUCGGUGUUUCCCUUUCUCCCAUUCUGAAUCACUUGACCCCGCUAGACAGGGUAUCAUCUGUUCCAAACGUCGAACGAAUCGAAUUAACACCAACAGGAUUACCUCUGGUGAUGCUUGAAACCGGCGAUGCAUACUCGUGGUCUCCAGAUUUGCUAUCGUGGAUCGAGGUGGCUGGCCGAUACUACAUCUCCCAGCUGGAAGGUGUUGACAGGCUAAAGUCGUCGCGGUAUGACAUGAUUGUGCGGCAGAUCUACAGAGACGUGAAGCGUGAUCCAGCUGGGUCUUCGGACAAGUUUUGGGAGAUAUAUGAGAGAUCCAAGGAACUGAUAGGUGAAAAUUAG